UUCCUUUACUUUACUCAACUUUGUUGGAUUACAAUCUAUAAUAAAUGAUGGAAUGGUUACCAAGAGGAUUACCCAGCAUUCAUGCACCUAUACCGAUUUGUGUACCACCAAAAACUGGGCAAAAGCGUCCAGCUACAAGUCCAGCACCUCUUAUACCAUCUCCACAUCAUUUACAAUCUUCUGGAACGGCAAAUAGCGGAACUACUGCUAGUAACGUUGUAUCACAAGCAGCUUCUAAUUUACUUAAUCACGGUUUACCUACAAAUCACAUGGGUGCACAAUCACCAUCUUUAACACAACAUCAAGUUCAUCAACAGGCAGUUGCUGCCGCUGCUGCUGCUGCUCAAGUGCAACAACAAUUAGCUGGUGUUUCUGCAAAUCUUAACCCAAAUGCUUCAGGCGGACGCGGUUCUUUCGCAGCAGCGCUACGAAACUUAGCCAAACAAGCCGAUAUUAAAGAAGAUGAAGACGGUGUAGUAAGAGAACGUAAUGAACGAACUUCAUCAGCCGGUGGCGUACAACCAUCAGUAGGAGUUCCAAAUACAAAUACUAUUGUUACAAAUUCUAAUCAAUCUCGAUCAACAAUUUCGAAUGAUCGCCUAUCAUCAUCAGUAGUAUCAGCAGCUGCAAUUGAUGAUCGUUCAAUAGCGAAGAAACGUUCUGCUCCAUCACCGCAGCCACCAGAAAAAAUUGCUAGAUUAAAUCCACCACAAGCUGCAUCUAUACAGCCGGAACUGUUAGCCCGUAGUGGUUUUCAGCCUUAUCGAUCGGACGAACGUCUUUUGCAUCCAGCUGGUGCUUUUCCUUUAGAAGCAUAUUCUCCUUUUGGUGCAUUUCCCGGUAUGCCGCCAGGUGCAUUUCUUAAUCCUGCGAGUUUACCAUACUCUGAGCAAUUGUAUUUGGACCAGCGAUAUCAAAUGUUACGUGCAGCCGGAGCACAUCAUUCUCAUCCACACGCUUUGUACCCUCAGAUAGCUCCGUCCUAUGCUUCACAUCUGUAUUCUAUGAUACCGGGUGCAACUUUAGGUUUAGGACCUGCGUUACAUGAACGUUUAAAAUUAGAAGAAGAACAUCGUGCGCGUAUAGCACGUGAAGAGGAGCGUGAACGUGAAAUGCAACGCGAAAAAGAAAGAGAAUUAAGAGAACAACGAGAAAGAGAACAACGUGAAAAAGAGCAAAGAGAAAGGGAACAACGUGAAAAGGAGCAACGUGAAAAGGAACAAAAGGAAAAGGAGGCACGUGAAAGAGAGAUGAGGGAAAAAGAACGUGAGGCAAGAGAAAGAGAGCGACAACAAUUACUUACUGCUUCACAUCAUUAUUCAAAUACUCUUUAUUCACCAUUAAAUCGAAAUUUACUUGGAUCUAUGAUACCGCACCUAAAUCUGGGACUCCGAGCUCCGCCGGGCGGAAUACAUUCUUUGCCAGCAAUAUCGCCCUAUCAUGCAGCUACUCAACGUCAAAGCCCACAUAAUCCUAUGGGACUUAAUUUAGGUUUAAGUGGUUUAGCUGGAGUUCCAUCCCUAUCGCAUGGACCACCAAAUCUACCACAUCAUUUACAACAAGCUGCAUUAGGACUAGCACAUCCAGCUGCUGCUGGUUUAACUCAUCCAGGUUUUUCUGCUGCUGCUCUGGGAUUAACACAUCAUAGCCUCAGUUUAGGUCAUCCACAUAUAUCACCACACCAUCCAGUAAUUACGUCGGCCCACCAAAUGCCGUCUCAUUCUUCGGCAGUAUCGCAUACAUCUACCGCAACUACAUCUCCACAUAACAGCGUAAAUAUAAGUGCAAGUUCAGCACUUCCUCUUAAAUUAUCAGAAUCAAAUAGUAUAACUUCACUGGCACCAUCUAUAACUACUUCUUCGAGCGCUGCACAGCAAUCUUCGUCUCACAUUCCAUCAAUGAACAAUGCGCUUUACUAUGCCCACCCUAGUCAUCAUUUGGCUGCUAUGCAUGCUGCAAGCGCAUUAACACCAACUGCUGCACAUCAACAUAGCCCAGCGCCGUUAUCGUUAUCGCUAAAUCAAGUACAUUCACAUACUUCUUCGCCGACAGGCAUGAAAAUACCAACGCCUGCAUCUUCAGGAGGACACGCUGUACCCAGUGGAACAAAUGCACAUAACCCAAAUAAUGGAAGAACAUCAAGUAGUCCACACGCUAUGCGUCAUCAUUCUGUAAUACCAACAACAGAUAAACCAAAUACUACACCGACAACUUUAGCAACAACAAUUCACGAGCCUACAACCCUUGAUUUAACAGGGUCGAACUCAAAUUCAAGUAAUCAAGCACCUUCGACAGCAAGUAGCACUGGACAAGGUUUACGCACAACACCAUCAAUAGCUCAUGAAAUCAAUGGUGUGGAAUCAAAUCAAGAAAUGAGUAAGGAUAUCUCCAAAAAAGAAGAUACGCUAAAAAGUAGUACUCCACCUACUACAGAUAAGAAGCCACCUACACCAACGAGUAAUUCGUUAAAUACAGCUGAAAAUAUUUUACCGUCCAAUUCGACGGAAGAGAUACGAAGAAGUUCACCAAAUAGCGCUACUCAAUUAAACGUCGAACCAAAAACGUCAAUUUUAACAACAGUAAGCGGAACUACUCUUGUUGCUGGCGCAGGUAAUUCCGAUAAUAAAAAAACAGACGCAACUGCCAUUGAUGCAAAUAGCAUAGCUUCCCCAAAUACAGAAAUCUCUCACAGCGGCUCACCAAAGCCAAAUCUAGCCGUUAAUCUAGACUCUUCUAAACAUAUGUCAGUUAUUGCACCUUGCUCUACAACACAGACUUUAGCUGCAUCGCCAGAUGCAACUUCUGCAACUGGUGUCACAUCUACCACAAGUGGCACUACACCACCACCAAUUGUUAGCAGUAGUACAAAUGUUGCUGUCACACCAACAACAAGUGUUAAAAAUGAUGAAACUGGUGUUUCUAGUGCCACACCGCCAACAAACAAAACAACCGAUGUGGUUAGUCGCUAAUCCAGCUGCUAACACCAAAAUUGGUUAUGACUGCUGUUUUUGUUUACGAAUGUUGGGCAAUAACUGACUAUAUUCUAUAUCGCAAUUAAUUAUUUUAAGUAAAAUUGGAUGUAAAAAAAAUUCACUUUUUAAACAAGGUUUUUAAAUAAGCGAUUAUUCUUCAUAUAAUGUUCAG